UCGUCAGAUAGCUAGAUCCUUAGACAUAAUAUUGAACGGGAAUUCUCAUGUCACUUUGGUCCUAGGAUCCUUUAUCUUUACUGGAACAGGUUUGUCCAGAGAUAUCAUAACUGAGGCACUCUCGUCAGUUGUCUCGAAACCAGGAUUGACCAUUGAGAUCAAUGCGACAGGAGCGUUUAAUGACGCCACAAGUCAACUCGAAUACAUGAAAGAGCUUUUCCCUCCUGAAAUAUGGCAAGACAAAGAAUUUGAACAGGUACGACGCAGGAUAUUUUACUGGCUACGAGGAAGGUAAGGAAAUAUAGCAUUGAUAUUCGGAACGUAUGUGUUUUGAUCUUUUCGUUCACUUAUGUAGGCACAGGUUCACUGCAGAGUAUUUAUCCGUUGUAUUACAGAAUGGAUAUCAACAUCUGCAUAAACUUCUCAAUGUUUACAUUGCUAAGAUCGCCGAUAUUAAUCCUGCAGAUUACAAUGGCGAGGUGAUGGAAUUCGGCAACGUUGCUUGGCCUCCUCGGGGAUUUGCAUUUGAAAAACUGGAUGCAGAAAUGAAAGAAAGGGUCAAAACAAUGUGCCACGAGUAUUUGUUCACAUCUCAGCUAUCCGCCGACUUCGGUGAAAACGAAAUCAGAUAUGUAGAAUACGGUCUAGCCAGAUUCUUGCAACAGGGGGUUAUCGCGCUUGAUGAGCCUCUUGUGUUGUUAGCAUGCUCGAUGUGGUUCAACAAUCAACCCAAACGCUGCGGUACUAGUUUGUACCAGACUCUAGCCUCCCGUAUUCGGGACCAUAGUCCCUCUACCGGCCGGAAUGGAUUCGAAGAGUUCAUCUGCUUCUAUCUUCAGCAUGUCUUCCGGAAGCCCCGCAGAUUAGACGAGGUUUUCAAGUUCAAGGGCGAGAACAAGAUAGGAGAGAAGCUUGCCACAUUAGUUACUCUUCAUAUCAAUGAUUAUGAGGAAGAGCUCAGACUUAUCGAGGGAAAAAUCAAUCUGGUAGGAAGGCCGUCUCUGUUUGGACCUAUCGGUCAAAUAACGAACGAGUUAUGGGAAGAAGGGACCUCUUCCUUGCAAGAUUGGAUCGACUUAAAAAGCUAUACAGCGUUCUGCUUCCCGAUGAAAAUCAUGGGGCCCGACAUCAUGUGCUUUCUCAAGCUACAGGAUCCAGUAGCGAGCUCGAAAGAUUUCACCUACAUAUGCCUCGCAAUCCAAUGCAAAUUCUACGAUGAUCUUCCACGUAAAACCCUAAGCGAGGCUAUCGCAACAGUAACCCCAAACAAUUUUUUUCAAAGGCGGGUGAGUAGAGAAAAGGAGUGACAAGCGCAGACUAAUUGCUCAUUCGAAUUCAUAGAGGCAAAGCAAUGCUUCAACUGCUCAAGCUAUUGCGACACAGACAACAACUGACGGGAAGAGGAACGAAGCACGGGAUCGUUUUCUGAAAACUCUGCUCAAUU